CCUUCUCAAUCGUCUCAGUGCCGAAAAAGUUGGGAAAUUUAAGAGGCCAAGGCGCUGCUUGUGUUCCAUGUUCAUGUGACAUGGCGAGUAUCAGUAAUCAUCUCCUCGACCGACCUAGUCUUUUUUAGAGGCGAUGGCAGAUCUGCGGGAUUGGGGAGAGGAGGUGGUGGUGUUGGCGGUCAUGGCGGACGGUGUGGAGGAGGAGAAGGAGAAGUGCUGUGAGGGAGAAGAGAGCAGCAGAGAUGAGGUGGAGACGGGAGGGGAUUUAUUCAGCGAGGAAGAGGGCUGCGACAGUAGCUGCAGCAGAUCCAGCCUCGGGACCUCGUCCUCGGUGGAGCAGACGGCGGCGCCGCCGCCGGUGGGUUGGCCGCUGAAGCAGAGCUCUGUUUCAGGCUUCGAGAUUGACGAUGAAAUCAAGAAGGCUGGUGAAGGGGAUGACCACGACGGAUUGGUCGGAGAUUUGAAGCCCAAGUGUUCAGAGAUGGAGAUGAUGAAAGAGAGAUUUGCCAAAUUGCUGCUAGGAGAAGACAUGUCAGGAUGUGGCAAAGGAGUGUGCACGGCACUGGCGAUCUCUAAUGCCAUCACCAAUCUAUGUGCCACAGCCUUUGGGCAACUUUGGAGGUUGGAGCCUCUUGCUCCUGAGAAGAAGACAAUGUGGAGAAGGGAGAUGGAGUGGCUUCUGUGUGUCAGUGAUCACAUAGUGGAAAUGAUUCCAUCUUGGCAAACGUUUCCUGAUGGAACCAAGCUCGAGGUCAUGACCUGUAGACCUCGAUCUGAUCUAUACAUCAAUCUCCCAGCUCUAAGGAAACUGGACAACAUGCUCCUUGAAGUGCUUGAUAGUUUCAAUGAAACAGAGUUCUGGUACGUCGAUCAAGGCAUCCUCGCGCCGGACAACGACGGUGGCGGCGGCUCCGCCUCCUUUCGCACGCUUCACCGGCGAGAAGACAAGUGGUGGCUCCCGGUUCCCCGACUUCCCGCCGACGGCCUCCAAGAACAAACCAGGAAAGCCCUGAACCACAAGCGCGAAUCCACGAGCCAGAUCUUGAAGGCCGCCAUGGCCAUCAACAGCAACACCUUGUCGGAGAUGGAAGUCCCCGAGCCUUACCUCGCCUCGCUCCCCAAGAGCGGCAGAGCGAGUUUAGGCGAUCUGUUGUAUCGCUUUGUCACUUCCGAUCAGUUCACGCCGGAGUGCCUGCUCGAUUGCCUGGGUUUGUCGUCGGAUCAUCAGGUUCUCGAGGUCGCGAAUCGAGUUGAGGCGUCGAUCUACAUCUGGCGAAGAAGGGCAUCCGCUAAACCUCUCCUCGCCGAGCGAGCCGAAACGCUCUUGAUCUGCCUGAAGCAGAGAUUUCCCAACCUUUCUCAAACCGCGCUCGACACCAGCAAGAUCCAGUUCAACAAGGACAUUGGGAAGUCGAUCUUGGAGAGCUAUUCGAGGGUUUUAGAGAGCCUCGCGUUCAACAUCGUGGCUCGAAUCGACGAUCUGUUGCACGUGGAUGAAUACUGCAGGCAUUCAGAUCAGAAUUCUUCUUCAGUUCUUCCUCCUGCGCUUGGAAUCAUGGCGAAGAAGAAGAAGAACGCAGCAGCAGUGCCAGUCUCAGGCACCGUUCCUUACAUGGCUGCUUACGGCACACCGCUGAUAAGCUGCUCGUCGAGGGGGGAGCGAUCUCCGUUGGCGUACAGUAAGAAGCACAAUAAUCGUGGAUUUGGAGUGAAGAAGGUGUUGACGAGUUAUCUCAGCAGCGAGCUGCAGAAGAGCAAAGGCUCUGGUUAUGAAGCAGAGUCAUCUUCUUGUCCAAUUUCGUACAAUUACUGAUGAUAAACUGAACAACAUAUCAUGAAACAUCUAAAUUAGAGUUUGUAGUUUGUAUUAUUAUUAUUAUUAUUAUUAUUAUUAGCAGAAUUUUAUGACAAUGCAAGGGGAAUCAAAUUUACUGGU